AUGUCGCUAAAGAGAGUCAGCACACUUGCUGCAAGAGCAGCCAUCGCAUCAUCACGACCCACCAGAUUCCAGGCCUCAGGUCUGUUGCGACCAACAGCGAAGCUCCAAUCCACAAUCCAGCGACCAGCAACAUGUCUCGUACAUCAACGCUUCCACUCGACUGAGGGCAAACCCGACAACAAAGUCUGGAACUUCGACUCCGUCAAACAGCUCACCGAAUCGCCGGACCCAACUCGCGUCCUCAUCGAUGUCCGCGAACCCGCAGAAUACGCCGCCGGCUACAUCCCCACCGCCAUCAACAUCCCCGUCGGCUCUGCGCCCGACGCACUCUUCAUGCCCGCCCACGAGUUUGAGGAUAAGUUUGGCUUUGAGAAGCCCACUGCAGAUCAAGAGUUGGUGUUUUAUUGCAAAGCUGGAGUUAGGAGUUCUGCGGCGGCUGGGUUGGCUAGGCAGGUGGGUUACAGCAAAGUGGGAGAGUAUAGGGGUAGUUGGUUGGAGUGGAGUAAGAAUGGCGGGAAGGCGGAGUAUGAUUGA